CGGGGGCCUGAGGAGGCGUAGUCCCCGCCGGCUUUUCCCCGGGAGCGCCUCCGGGGCCGGUGCGUGGCCGGCAGCUCGGGAACAGCCGCUGAUCCGGACCGGGAUGUGACCUUCUGCCUGGAAUAGCUCAAGUUCUUAAAAGUUGCAUUGUAAACCUGAGGCUGGGAAGUUCAAGAUCACAAUGCUGGACAAUUUGGUUCCUUAGUGAAGGCUCUUUUCCUGGCUGGUGGCAGUUUAUAUAAAGGAAGCAUUGGGACUUGUGGCCACACUGUUGAAGAAUAAAAAACAUUAGAAAAUGGAACAAUCAUGUGAGGAAGAGAAAGAGCCUGAACCACAGAAGAACAUAAAAGAAACCAAACAAGUAGAUGACGAAGACGCUGAGCUCAUCUUUGUUGGUGUGGAACAUGUAAAUGAAGAUGCUGAACUAAUCUUUGUUGGGGUCACUGCAAAUUCAAAACCAGUCGUUUCAAACAUUUUGAACAGAGUCACCCCGGGUUCGUGGUCAAGGAGAAAAAAGUAUGGUCACCUUAGAAAAGAUACUGCUGACAAAUUGCAGGCUACAAGUCAUGAGACCCUUACAUCAGAAGCAGUGACCGACCUGCCAGCUUCCCAACUUGAAUCGAGAUCAACAGAUAGUCCUAUUAUUAUUGAGCCUUUGUCUAAACCUGAUUAUACAAAUAGUUCACCACAAGUUGUGCCUAAUAACUCUUCAGAAUUACCUUCUCCUUUGAUUACAUUCACAGGUUCAUUGCAUCAUCCAGUAAGUGCAGCACUUUCAGUAGGAGGUAUAAAUGAAGGUCCUCAUGUAUCAAAGCGACUUUCCACUUUUGAAGUAAACAGCAUAAAUCCCAAAAGGGCUAAACUCAGGGAUGGAAUUAUGGAAGGAUAUUCUUCAGCUUCGUCCCCUUCAGAUACCUUUCAUACAAUGAAUGCUCAGCAAAGUACACCCUCAAACAAUGUUCAUACCUCAUUAAGCCAUGUUCAAAAUGGAGCACCUUUUCCAGCAGCUUUUCCAAAGGACAAUAUCCAUUUCAAGCCUAUAAAUACAAAUCUUGAUAGGGAAAAUGAAUUGGCAAAAACAGACAUUUUGAGUCUAACAAGUCAAAACAAGACCUUUGAUCCCAAGAAAGAAAAUCCCAUUGUGUUACUUAGUGACUUUUACUAUGGACAGCAUAAAGGAGAUGGGCAGCCAGAACAGAAGACUCACACCACCUUUAAAUGCCUCAGUUGCGUGAAAGUUCUAAAAAAUGUUAAGUUUAUGAAUCACGUGAAGCAUCAUUUGGAAUUUGAGAAGCAGAAGAACGACAGCUGGGAAAACCACACCACCUGCCAGCACUGCCACCGGCAGUUUCCCACUCCCUUCCAGCUACAGUGUCACAUUGAAAAUGUCCACACUGCCCAGGAGCCCUCUGCUGUCUGUAAGAUCUGUGAAUUGUCAUUUGAAACAGAUCAGGUCCUCUUACAACACAUGAAGGACCAUCAUAAGCCUGGCGAAAUGCCCUAUGUGUGUCAGGUUUGCCAUUACAGAUCGUCAGUCUUUGCUGAUGUAGAAACACAUUUUAGAACGUGCCAUGAAAACACAAAGAAUUUGCUUUGUCCCUUUUGUCUCAAAAUUUUCAAAACAGCAACACCAUACAUGUGUCAUUAUAGGGGCCACUGGGGAAAGAGUACACACCAGUGUUCCAAGUGCCGGCUACAGUUUUUAACUUUCAAGGAGAAAAUGGAGCACAAGACCCAGUGUCAUCAAAUGUUUAAGAAGCCUAAGCAACUAGAAGGAUUACCUCCUGAAACAAAAGUUACUAUUCAAGUGUCACUAGAACCUCUUCAGCCAGGAUCAGUAGAAGUAGCAUCCAUAACUGUGAGCACAUCUGACUCUGAACCAUCACUCCCCAGGUCUAAAAGCAAAAUUUCAAAAAAGUCCCAUUAAUUCUAGUUUCAGUAAAUCUAAAGCAAGUAUUUCAAACCAAAUUAAAAAACCUCAUAAAA